AUGGCCGCGUUGGUUCAAACGUAUCCUCAGCAGACCAGCACUGUCACCACCCUCGAGUCGAGAUCCUCCGGCAACAUGAUGCCCGCACAAGCACAGGCCAACCAGCAAUACAUGGCUGCCCAGCAAGCACAGAGAAACUUCUCUGGCGCCGGCGUGUAUCGCGGGAGCAACACCCCCCAGCCGUAUGCCUUCACCACCACCCCGAGCCUGAACACCAACGGCCAGUGGCAACAGUACGGUAACGGACACCGCACGGCGUCUUCUCCCGCCGUUCCGACGCAGGGCGUGAUCCAUGGACAUGAUGCCAGCCGGUCGCGCCAUGCCGGAACCGCGUCAAUGUCCAACAUUGCCUACAACACCCACGGCAUGGGAACUAGCAAAGGUGGAUCGAGGGAUGACUCGGCGAUUCCUGCUGCCCGCACAAAUCUCCAGGCCCCAAGGCCACAGUCGGCGUAUUUGGCAGGCAGCACAACACCACAGCAGAUGACGCUCGCUCAGGCCCCGGGGACUAAGACCACGCCUGAUAGGUACCGGCGCCCGGCUCUCCAACACCAACAGCAGCAGCAGCAGCAACAACAACAACAACAACCUCGCCAAACUAGUGCUCCGUCGGGCUCAGGCAUGGCGACCGUUAGUCAUCUGUACAAUCCCCCCGAACAGAAGAGCGUGUCAGUGCGAGGCCGAACGCCUUCUUACCAGGGCAGGCCAAACAGCUACUACGGUGCGGCCGACGACAUGCAACUGAAUCGGCAGCAAACCGAUGACGGCAAGCGACUGAGGCGGCGCAGCAUGCACUCGCUGGAUUCCGCCGAAUAUCCCAAGCCGCUAACCCCACAGCAAUUCCCUCGCUCGGAAGAAUCCACCCGUCCCGACCGCGGUAAAACAACAACUCCCAAAAACAACGACAAGACGCUCCGCAUUGUUUCCACCCUCGCACCUCCUGCCGACAACAACAUGCAUGCCCAUAAUGGCAGCGCCGAAAGCCUCGCAUCGAGCCGAAGCAGUCAUUCACGUCCAUCUUCGUCUGCCACCCGCGGCGUACCCACCCCCACGGCCAACCCCUCUUCCUUCUCAACUCCUUCCAGCCCAGAAGACGGCUCAUCGAAACAAGAUUAUCCCAAACUUGUGAACAUCCCGCCACGAAGUUCGUCAUCAGAUGCGGCUAAAAGGCAGUCUACGUCCUCUCCCCUCUCCAAGCCGGUGACCAUGGCGACCGACUCGAGCCCUCAAAAACCACCCUCCUCUCUAGGCGACGCCCCGCAACAGCCUUCGUCUCAGAGCACGUCUGCAUCCAACGCUGCCAACACGAGCAGCCCGGCCGCCCAGCAUCUGGCUGCGAUUAACCAAAAGAACACAAAGUCGAAGAGCAAGACAUCCCGACUGCGCAGGGCCUUUUCGUUUGGCAGCGCUGCCGACUUCAAGAAGGCCGCCGGCCCUGAUGUCACCACACCUCUCGACGCCAACAAUAACGCUGCCGACCCGUCCCGAUUGCACAAGGACCCGACGCCGGACGAGAUUUACGAUGCCGAACAGGCCGCCAUUGCCAGGAAGCAGGAGGAGGGAGGAAUUGGAAACAACAUCUACGGUGGGCGCCUCUUCUCUAGCUCGACGGACAACCUGUCAAUUUCGUCGACUGCCUCGUCUGCUUCCAUCAUGAUCCGUAAGAUGGGUCGUGGCAUGAAGAAGAGCACGCGAAACCUCGUUGGCCUGUUCAGACCCAAAUCCGUCAUUGGUGUCCCGGCCGCCGACGCGCUGGCUCCGGAAGCCAGCCAGGCUGCCGUGUCCAUGAUCACCGUUGAGGCCGAAAAGGUCAACGUCAACGCUGAUCCCCGUACGCAGAACGGUGGCGGCACUGGAUUCCCCCACCUGGAACGAAACUCGCUCGACAUCUCCAACACCCCCAGCAUGGUGUCGGAACGCGCCGGAAGUUCUGGCGCCGAUAGCGCCCGGAAGAGCAUUGUCGGCAGCGAUAAGGAGCGGGCCGAGGUGCUUGCGUCUGUCAGGAAGGGUAUCCUGAAGCACAACAAUAACAACAACCGAUCGACCAGCCCCGCUCGUGACCGCGGUCCCAACUUUGAGCUCCCCGCGAUCCCCCACAUGGCCGACUCACCCAUUUCGACGGCCCCAAGUACACCCAACGACGACGCACAAGGCCACAAGCGAUCCGGAUCUGUUGCCAUCGGCACCGAGGACUACUUUAUGACGGCUCUCAGGCUCCGUCAAGACACAAAGAGCGCUCCCGGAACGCCGUCAGGGUCGACAAAGAGAAGCGCGACCUUCUCGCCGAGGAUCAUUUUCCAUGACACGUGGCCCAGCGGCGAGUACGAUCGCAGGGGUGAAAUCGCAGCCUGCAACCGCCUGACGCCCAUGUUGGCCCAGCAGAUCAAGGAAGAGCUCAACACGUUCAAGAUGGAAAUGGAAGUCCACGAAACCUCCAAGAUUUAUACGCACUUCUUUUAA